AUGGCGGGGCAGACCCUAUUCGUGGGCUGCCUCCCGGCCUCGGCCAGCAGCCCGCAGCUGGAGCGUCUCUUCAGUCAAGUGGGGCCCGUGAAGCAGUGUUUCGUGGUCACCGAGAAAGGCAGUAAGACAUGUCGUGGCUUUGGCUAUGUCACUUUUUCCAUGUUGGAGGAUGCUCAGAGGGCCCUCAAAGAAGUUACCACCUUUGAAGGUUGCAAGAUCAACGUGACUGUUGCCAAGAGAAAAAUAAAGAACAAAACAAAAGAAAAGGAGAAGAAGGAAUCUUCAGUGACCCCACAAGAACAACCAGAACAAGAACCAAAGCCCAAGUCUAAAAAAAAGAAAGUAGCUGACAAAAAAGCUAGACUGAUCAUUCGGAACCUAAGUCUUAAGUGUUUAGAAGAUGAUUUGAAGACCUUGUUUGCUCAGUUUGGUUCUGUCUUGGAGGUGAACAUUCCUAGGAAGCCAGAUGGAAAAGUGCGAGGCUUCACUUUUGUUCAGUUCAAGAAUCUCUUAGAAGCAGGAAAAGCCUUGAAAGGCACGAACAUGAAAGAGAUAAAAGGACGGACAGUGGCUGUGGAUUGGGCUGUGGCCAAAGAUAAAUAUAAUGCAACACAGUCUUCUGCUUUAGGUGAGGAACAAAAAACCACUGAACCCAGAGAGCAAGAUGCAAGUCAAGAGGAGGGCAGUGAGGAGGAGGAUGAGGAUAAUGAGGAUGAAGAUGAAGAGGAUGAAGAAGAAUCACAAGCAGCUGAGUCAGCGAUGACUCAGGAGAGGAAAGGCAAAAGACCACUAACUUUGGAUGCAGAGAGCAGUGAGGAAGAUGAAGACAGUGACCUGGAGGAAAGAAGUAGCAAUGAAGAUGAAGAGGAUCAGGAUCAGAAUGAAGUGGAUUCAGAUGAAGAAGACCAAGAUGUAGAAGUUCCAAAGAAGAAAAAGAAGAGGAAGUUGCCGUCUGAUGUGAAUGAGGGGAAAACUGUGUUUAUCAGAAACCUGUCCUUUGACUCAGAAGAAGACAACCUGGGGGAGAUCCUCCUGCAAUUUGGGGACCUUAAGUAUGUUCGUAUCGUCCUACACCGAGACACAGAGCAUUCCAAAGUUUGUGCAUUUGCCCAGUUCAUGACUCAGGAAGCAGCUCAGGCAUGUCUUGCAGCAGCUUCUGCAGAGACUGAGGAUGGAGGGCUAAAGCUGGAUGGCCGGAAGCUCAAGGUGGACUUGGCUGUGACCCGGGAUGAAGCUGAAAAAUUGCGAACCAGGAAUGUAAAGAAGCAAACAGGAACCUGGAACCUCUAUCUGGCCAGAGAAGGCUUGAUCCGUGCUGGGACGAAAGCUGCAGAAGGGCUGAGUGCUGCUGAUAUCGCCAAGAGAGAACAGUUUGAGCUUCUCAAACAUCAGAAACUGAAGGAUCAGAACAUCUUUGUCUCCAUGACCGGGCUGUGUCUCCACAAUCUUCCAAAGGUGCUGGAUGACAAACAGCUCAGGAGGUUGGUGCUGACUGCAGCUGGAGCUGGAAGAGCUGUGCGCCUGAAGGAGUGUCGUGUGAUGCGUGAUCUUAAAGGUGCACAUGGGAAUGUGAAGGGUCAGUCCUUGGGUUAUGCUUUUGUGGAGUUUGAAGAACACAAGCAUGUGCUGGCAGCCCUUCCUCACAUCAACAACAACCCCGAGAUCUUUGGUCCUCAGAAGAGACCAAUAGUAGAGUUCUCUUUGGAAGAUCGAAGGAAACUAAAGAUGAAGGAACUGAGGGCCCAGCGAAACCUGAAAAUGAAAUCAAAGUCUGUAGCUGAUGGGCCCCCAAAAGACCAGCAGCAACAGCCUGGGAAGUUCCAGAAGCCUGAGGCUACUCACAGUCACACACAGGGCCCAAGCAAGCUUCCCCUAAAACCAAAAGGGGCUCCAGGUUCAUGGGCAGGUUUCCAGACCAAGGCAGAAGUGGAGCAUGUGGAGCUGCCAGAUGGGAAGAAGCAGAGAAAGGUCUUGAUGCUCCCCUCACAUAGAGGUCCAAAAAUCAGAAUGCGGGACAAAGGGAAGGCUAAACCUCCUCCACCCAAAAAGCCAAAGGUCCAGAUGAGACAUCAGAAACAGGAGAAGCGGCGCGCCAUGUCUUUGCAGGUACCAAAGAAAAAGACUAAGGAAAAUAAGUCAGAAAUUCGAUUCAACCAGCUGGUCGAACAGUACAAGCAGAAAAUACUAGGACCCACAAAGGGAGCCCCUUUUGGAAAGAAGAGCAAAUGGUUUGACACUUAACCAUAGCAGCAAAUGGCUUAAGUACCUGCCUCCUUUGCUACAUUGCAG